GGACAUAUCGGUCCAGUUUGCACUCCUUUCUUUAAUUCUGCCAACCAAUGCUGCCACGACCAUGAUGCCCGUCAAGGGCCCGCUGCCGCAAAAGGCGCUGCCCAUAAACGUCGCGACAUUCUACAAUGCUCUAAAGGCUGUAUGGUCUCGCCCUGAGGGGCGUGCGGGUGGUGCCCAUGCAAAAUUAGCUAUUGCGGUCAGCGGCGGAGUUGAUUCCAUGGCCUUGGCAACGUUAUGCAGACAACUAGCCAAACAUCAGUCGUCGACGCAAGUUCCCGACUUUAGAUUUACUGCCUUUGUGGUAGAUCAUGGCGCGAGAGAAGGGAGCAAGGAAGAGGCACAACGGGUGCUGGAGCGAGUUCGCAAGAUGGGAAUUCGCGGCUCUGUCCUGACGCUCAAUUGGCCCAAAGGCGUCUUUCCGUCACAGCUACCCAACUUCGAAUCCCAAGCACGAACUCUACGAUACAAGGCACUCGGCGAAGCAUGCAGAGCGCAUGGCGUUCCCUCGAUCCUGCUCGGUCAUCAUGCAGAAGACCAAGCCGAGACGAUCCUUAUGAAAAUCUCCCGUGGCCACGGCGGUGGUGGGUUAGCCGGAAUGAUAGCGUCUUCUGAUAUUCCCGAGUGUUACGGUAUGCAUGGGAUACACCAGAGCGGAGGGUGGGAGCCGCAAUUUUCAAUCAGAAAAACAAACACAUUCCGCAAGGGACAGGGCGCCGUUUCUGCAAAGGAAAAAGAAAGCGCAGAAGAUGACUUAGAAGCCGAUUAUUACACCAGAAACGCCCCGACGGAUGGGAAUAGUCAAUACACUUCCACAGGCUCAUCGCGACCUAACGGCGCAAUUCUCGUUGAACGAGGCGGCAUUACUAUCCACCGACCGCUUCUGAAUUUUACCAAAGACCAACUCAUUGCGACAUGCGAAGCCGCGAAGACAGUCUGGGAAGAAGACGUGACCAACUUUGACCGCACGCUCACAGAACGCAACGCGGUCCGAUAUCUUCUACAGCAGCGCCAACUCCCUAAAGCUCUCCAAGCCGAGUCAGUCAUCCGGCUCUCAAGGCGGUGGCAAGAGCGCACGCAUGAUCUGGAAAGCCGAGCAGAAUUGGCUUGGCGAGCAAACGAGAUCACACUACUCGACGUUCGCUCAGGCGGUGUUGUCGUCAGAUUUCAGAAGAAGCUUCACGGCACCAAGCGUAUCCCCGAGCAAUACCUCCAGGCACACAUUCAAAAGAUGACCCAGAAAGGGGCACGGAUGCUCCGGCGCGCCAUGGAGCUGGUCAGCCCGCAAGAGACCAUUGAACUUCCUCGUCUACGCACAAUAGUGCACAACAUUUUCCCCGACAUUCAGGAUCCAGAAUUCAACGAAGCGGACAGAGAUCUGUUACCUCAUACCUCAUUCACUGCAUGCGGGAUCCAUUUCCAACGCAUCUUUUCCCCUGUGCACAUGCCCGCGGAGGGGGAAUCACACGCUUCCGCGGAGACGUCAUUCCAGAAGGGGACUUAUUUGGACGAUAAAUACGUAUGGAUGCUGACCAGGCAGCCGUAUAUCAAGGCUUCUCCUGGGCCAGAGAUUACUAUUCCUCCAAACUCAUUGAGACCCAAACAGCAGAAGAUUGCAACUGAAUCGCCAGGUCCCUCUUUGAAAGGAAAACGACAAGCAGCAAAGCGUCGGCUUACCCGAGUAGAAAGCCAAGACAUGUACCCAUCUACUCCACCUAAACCGCCGCCGCGUCUCUCUCAACAAAGCGGACAAUCAUAUCCAUAUACCCAACCCACUCCACCCUACGGGCCAACAUCUUCCUCAUCCACCUCCUCUCCUCUUCACCACCAGCAACGACGCCAAUUCCAUCAGACCCAUCUCACCCUGCUGCCUCACAACUCUCAUCCUCCAGAAUCUCAGCAGCCAGAGUCCACCGCCGCACCUACUCCGGCCCUGAACCCGGAACAUCUCGGCCAAAGUCAAGCUAGCAAAAGAAGACCAAGUAAGAAGACCAAAGGCCUAGCACACCACGGCGACAUUGAAAACACUCCCGGCAACAUUUCCACUUCCAACUCAAACCCACCCCAGCACCACCACAAAAAGCGAAAACCACAACACGCCCGCUCCCCUUCUUCUUCUCCCGCCACUAAUACUGAUCACGACAUCGAAGCCGCACCCUGGCAUCUCUGGGACGGCCGGGUCUGGAUCCGCGUGUCGAAUCCCACCGACCGAGACGUCAUCAUCAGACCGCUCAACCCACAAGAUCUGCACCCCUUUCGAAAAUGGCUAGAGCAGCAUGUUUCUCCGAAAAAAGUCAAGCAGUUGGACCAGCUCCUAGCCGCGGCUGCUCCUGGCAAAGUAAGAUGGACGCUGCCUGUGCUAGCGUGGGGCGGUAAACGCUACGGCUCUCCCGUUUCACUUUACCGUCCAUCUCCUUCUGUAUCAUCUGCGUCUACAGCGCCUGAUUCGGUGGAAUCAAGGGAUUCCUCAGAUUCUCGUCAUGCAGAAGGCUCUGGCGAAAUGGUUGACGAUCCGGCGCAUACGUGUCCCAUUAUCGCCCUCCCGACGCUGAAUUUUAGCAUUUAUACCCUUUCUCGUUCUUUUCCCCCGUCUCAUCCUCGUUCCCAUUACCCUUUUCAUCCUCAUAAUCUCUCUCAUUCUCAGUCUGAGUCGCAGACUCAGUCUCAGAGGUCUGUGUCUGUGUCUGUGUCUGUGUCUGCCGCUUCGCAAGUCCCACAGGUGCGCUGGCAGGUCCGGUAUAAAAAGAUACACAUCCCGCCAGACAGACAAGGCCGGGAGCGGCACGACAAGGUUGUUGUCCGGUAAUGUCCGUGUCUUGUCCGGUAGAUUGUUAGCCGCGCUGUUCAGUAUAUACACUACCUUUGCUGUUUGCUUUUUAUUUCAAUGUACAAGGUAUAUACUACAUAGUAGAAAAAAGAAGGUAGAAAAAAUGGAACGGGCAAUAGGGAUCCAGGAUCUGUAAAUAUAUACAUCAGGGCCAUAAAUACCUAGGUUAUAUUAUUGUAUAACCCUACAAAGUACACGAACUACUAUGUUUAUGUCACAAUAGAAGCCCAUUCCGAAACGUCAUACUGUAGCUAAGUGGCUUUGGAUUAGCAGCUAAUAUUAGAAAAAAAAGAAAAG